AUGGAUAAUUCAUUUAUGUUACUGAAAGCUUUUGCUAAACUUUGCGAAAACAUCUUAAAUGAGCUGUAUACACGAGAGUUAUUCCGGAAAGUUUUUCCGCCCCAACAAGCAAAUAAUUUUCGAAGCAUAGCUUAUCAGAAUCAUCCAAUAUUGGCUUCAUCACCAAAUGGCAAUCAAGAUUCAUCAUCACAAUUUAACUCUAAUCGAAGCUCUUUUAUAACAGCUAGCAACGCUCAAACUAUUGGAUUAAUAGAUAAUCAACAAUCAGAAGAAUAUAGGAUGUUGUGUCAAAAAGCAGAGCAGCAUAGAAAUGACAAUGCCGAACUGUUGGCUGGUUUCGAACGACUUAACGAAGAGAUGAAGGCAAAGAAGAUUACUUCAUUCGAAGUUCUUGCUGAACAAGAUAAAAGAGCGGCGAAACUCUUCCUCGAAUUAGCGCGAUUAACCGAACCAAUGCCACUGGAUAAUAUUAACAUUGGUAUUUUUGGCUUAACAUCAACUGGUAAAUCAACUUUACUCAAUAGUCUUCUAGGAAAAAAAGUUGCUGAAACAGGUCCUAAUGAGACAACAACAAAAAUCACUUCUUAUCCAGGUACAUCGUAUACACUGUGGGAUGUUCCUGGACGGAAUGAUGAAACAGUGUAUAUUAAUGUGGAAUAUAUAUCAUUCUUCAAAGGAUUAACACAUCGUCUUAUUCUUAUUCAAUCAACGCUCAAAGAAAAUUCGAUGGAUGAACAUGAACGAGAAGGAUUCAAAACACAUAUUCAAAAUGAAAUAGUGACACUUGGAUUGAAAAGGGUGAAUAAAAUAUUUUAUAUAUGUGCCAAACAACCUCAACUAUUCGAGGAUUGGCUACAAUUGGUUAACUGGCUCACACCAAAUGAAGCGUAG